AUGGCAUUUGGACAAAUUUCAUACCAAGCAUCAACGAAACGUCAGAGACAACGAUAUCCCGAACAACAUCGUUCGCGUUCAUACGAUGAUUUACUAGCCGAGAUAUCCAAUGGUGGUCCACCUGGGAGUGUACGGCAGCGUAUGCGGCCAACGAAUUGGUCUAGUUUAGGCAGCCUGAAUAGUUUUGGUGAGUCAACCACCACUCCGCCAUCGUCACAAGAACAUACAGGUAGUAGCGGAAGCAAUACAAAUGGCAGUGGACAACAACGAGAAACACUACACAGCCGAUUUGACUUCAAGCAAACAUUGGGUAAAGGUACAUACGGUAAAGUGAAAUUAGCGUUAGACAAACGAAAGAAUGAACAAGUUGCAAUAAAAACAAUCAAAAAGUCUCGUAUUGAAAAUCCACACGAUCUAGCCAGAAUUCGACGUGAGAUUGACUUUAUGACAAGUCUCAAUCAUCCGUAUAUUAUUCGAAUAAAAGAAGUUUAUGAAAGUCGAGAAAAGAUUAUCCUUGUCAUGGAAUAUGCGAGCGGUGGUGAAUUAUAUGAUUAUCUCAAUCGGAUGAAACGCAUACCAGAAUCUCAAGCACGUGCGAUUUUCCGACAAAUUGUUUCAGCUGUUCAUUUUCUACAUAAAAAUAAUAUUGUUCACAGAGAUCUCAAAUUAGAAAAUAUUCUAAUUGAUCAUAAUGGUGAUAUCAAAUUAGCAGAUUUUGGUCUGAGUAACAAUUGGUCACCACGUCGAUUACUGCAUACCUUCUGUGGAUCUCCUUUGUACGCAUCGCCCGAAAUCGUUUCCGGUAUUCCAUACUACGGACCUGAAGUUGAUUGCUGGUCAUUGGGUGUAUUGCUCUAUACCCUUGUCUAUGGUUCAAUGCCAUUUCAAGGUGGUGAUUACAAUCGACUUGUACGGAAUAUAACAUCAGGUGAAUUCAUUCAACCUCGUGAACAAUCAGGCGCACUCGGUCUUAUCCGUAAAUGUUUAACGGUACUACCAUCAAAACGUUUCACUGUUGAUGAUGUUGCCGCGCAUUGGUGGGUUAAUCUUGGUUAUAAAUAUCCACCCGUGCAUUAUUAUUUGACGCCAGCAAUGAAAAAAACUGGUCUCUUCAUUCCAUCCCAUCUGCCCGCAUUAACGUACAAUGAAUCGAAUGGCAACGCAGUAGACUCGAAUUCGAAAACAGUAUCAUCAUCAACACCUGGUUUCUCUCACCAAUCAGUUCACAAUGGUGACACGACAGAUAAUUCAACGAAAUGUCGACCAUUAACGAAUGGUUAUCACUCAGUUCCUCGAACACAUCGAUUAAAUAGCAAUAGCGAACGAACUUCCAAUUCAAGCCGACGGACAUCUAAAGAAAGACAUCAUGAUACGACAUCAUCUAAAUAUCCUCCACGUGCAUUUUCACUUAUCCAAUAUUGCUUGAAACCAGACGCUAAUACACGUGCUACAACAAAAGAUAUUCUUCGUCACGAUUGGUUAGCUCACGGACCUGUUCUUUCAAUUCGUUUGAGUACGACAACAACAUCCGCAUCACAAUCUAUUCCCGACCAACCGAAAACCACCGAUUACGACAAGAUACGUUUACGACCCAAAUCAACAAUAGAAAAGUCCUUGUCACCAACAAAUUCCCUCGUUGAACUUGAACUACAUACAAGUUCAUUCUUUGAUACAGCUCGAUUACGUGAUAAAACAUCCGUAAACAAAGAUCAACAACGACGUAAUCGAGUGUCAGCAAUACCUAUACCUACACGUUAUCUUUCAUCAAAUAACAACAAAACAAUUUCUUCCUCAUUAACUCGUCCUGUCCAACGUCGACCAGUUAGUCUAACACUUGAUGAUCAACAUUCCACAGAUGAUACAUCGACCAUACAUUCGAUUACUAGUCGACGUUCUCGACAAGUUGGAUCUCCGACAACGACAACAUCAGGAACUACCGAUCAAUUUCAGCCACAACAAUACUCUAUACCUGCUCCAUCAGAUACAUCACGUUAUCGCUUCUCGACCGAAUUAGAUUCAGCAUUAAAUGAUUUAAAAGCCACGGCAGGAAUUUAUAAAUAUGCUCCACCCAAGAAAUCUGUUGCACCGAGUGUAUUUACAACAUCGACGAUUAAAUUUGCACCUGCACCUCUUCGACGAAUGAAUCCAUUAAAAGAUCAAGAAGAUUCGUCUUCGCCUAGUACAGCACAGCUAUUAAAUACUCUAACCUCUAAUUCGUCUUGUCAUGUUGACGAUAGUAUUAAUCAUGCUACUUCUACUACUAACAAUAAUAAUCGACAUUCAUUUUUAACUUCAUUUGAAUUGCCAACCAAAUAUAAUCCAGAUAAAAAUCAUUUGCUCGAUGAUAACAAUAAUUUCGUUUCAUUAAAAGUAUAUGAUUAG